AUGGAAGAAUUUCUUGAUAAUGUUUUACAAAAUCGUUUAUCAAUGCGUUUACUUGCUGACCAUUAUCUUGAAUUACAUAAACAACAAAAGAAAAAAGACUUCAAUAAUAAUUGGCGUGGUGCUAUUUGUAUGAAUUUUUCACCAGCUAAAGCUGUUCAACAAUGUAUUGAUGACGUUUCAUCAAUUUGUUUUGAAACAUAUAGUGUAGUACCAUAUGUUCAAAUAGAAAAUUGUAUGCAUAAACCUUUACCUUAUUUUCCUUCUGUCGUUGAAUAUAUUUUACGUGAAUUAUUAAAAAAUUCUAUGCGUGCUAUUGUUGAAUACAAUAAAGUCUUAUUAGGUAAUAUGCAACACGUAAAAAAUUUUUUUAAUGAAAAUCGACAAGAUGCAUUAUGUAAAAUUUUUAUUACAUCAGAUCCUAAUGAUGAACAUUUUACUAUUGCAAUUCAAGAUCAAGGUGGUGGAAUUGAUGAAAUAAAUGAAACAUUAUUUCGAUAUAUGUUUACGGGUGAUAUAAAAGAAAAAGAAGAAGAAGAAACGAAUGUCAUAGCUGAUUUUCAAGAACGUAUGAUACAAUCAUCGCAACAAAUGUAUGGUCAUGGAAUUGGUCUUCCUAUUUGUCGUCUCUAUGCACAAUCUUUUGGUGGUUCUCUGUCAUUACGACAAGUAGCACGUAUUGGCGUCGAUGUAUAUCUUCGUCUAGGUUUUAUUCAUACAAAUUCUGAGCGUGUAAAGAUCUGA